AUGCAACUAAUCGGCGAAGAGCUCGCGCGUUUCGACGCUCAGAAAAGCGGAGACGUGUGCUUGCGCCUGAUCAAGUCGCUUUACGGCUUAAAGCAAACCAGCCGGUUGUGGAAUCAACUGCUUCACAAGACGUUAGCGGACAUCGGAGACGAGCAGUCGAUGAACCAUUCAUACGUGUACUUCAAGACAAAUAACGAAGGUACAGUGAUAUUGGGGACAUACGGGGAUGACUUGUUAGCGGCUGCGACGAGCGACAAGCUGCUAGACGACUUCAGCACUACGAUGAAGUCGCUCGAGCUCAAGUGCCUGGGACCCGCUAAACACUUCCUAGGAAUGUGGAUCAGCUACAUAGCCGAUGCCGGCGCUGUUCGAGCACCGAUCGCCGACGAGUCGUCGCUCCAGUCGGAGAGCACAAGCGCACGAUCGCUGCCUUCCACAAGAUCGGGCAGCGCGGAACAACCGACCGUGCAGUGA